AUGAUGCACCACGACCCCCCUCCGCCCCUGGACAUGCCCGAGGGCUCGGAGGCCAUCGUGCGGACGCGUUCCGAGGCCAGGAGGCGCAUCAAGGCGGGUCGCAAGCGCCGGUUCGCUCCCCAGCCGGCUGACCUGGUGGUGCGGCCCGCUCGGAUCAACCCGGACCUCUUCACGCCGGUUCUCCACGCGUACUCGCACGCGCAGCACCAGUACACCAACCCGCAGCGCGCCCUGUCGCCCCUGCACGGCUCCGUCGGCUCGCCCACGGGCAAGCUGCUUCGCAUGGGGGGCUCCCGCGGCUCCCUCAAGGCCGCCCAGACGCCCGUCACCGUCGGAAAGGCCUACAUCGACCGCUCCCUGUUCAAACCGAAGAGCUCCGAAGACAGGUACCGCAAGGUUCUCGCCGCGUCCGGCGAGCUGCCGCCCCCGCGGGUCCCGUCGGCCAAGCGCUCCAGGCACGGCGAACCGAACCCGCACGCGCCCGCGGAGGCCGCGCAGAAGAUCCUCGCGGGGCUGCGCGGGCAGAUCACGCAGGGCGCGGGCCUCGUGCAGCGCAACCCCGACGGCACGCCCUCGGUCACGCUCGGCCCGCAGCCCACGCGCACGAGCUCCGCGGGCAACGUGGGGCCGCUCGGCGCGGCGAGCCCGAGCGCGCGGUCCGUCCCGGGCCCGCGCUCGAGCAGCGCGAAGCUCCGGAGCAUCGCGAACAUGUACGCCGCGGGCCCCACGGCGUCCCCGAAGCCCGCCGCGCCCGCCGGAAUGCGUCCGGGGUCCGCGCCGCGCACCGUGCGGCUCGCGCGCUCCAUCGCGAAGCUCCGCGAGCUCAUCAACAAGGGCGCGCCGCUCGGGACGCUCCGCUCCGAGCUCCAGGCCUUCCUCCUGGGCGACCUCCUCGCCGGCGGCGAGGUCGACGUCGUGCUCCUGGACGAGCUGCUCGGGUUGCUGCAGCACCAGCAGCCCGCGCUGCAGCUCACCGCCGCGGGGAUCUUCCUCCAGCGCGGCCUGUACUUCUCGGCGAUCCGCGCGGUGUUCACGGGGGAGUCGGUGAUCGGCGCGGUGCUGGAGGAGGCGCGCGCAACGGUGGCGGCGCGGCACGAGGCGGACGACGACCUGGACCUGGCGUCCGAGGCGUGGAACUGGGACCACGCGGACCGGCAGCUGUUUUUGCGGCAGUUCGCGCAGCUCCGCAUCGUGCAGAACUUCCGCAACUUGCGGGAGAAGCUGACGACGAUGGGGCCGACGGGGGAGGCGGCGCUGGGGCGCGUGGAGCGGCAGAUUAUUCUCAAGGUCGUGAACGACUUCCUCGAGCAGCUCGGGCCGACGGGGCACGAGCAGGCGGACGUGGCGGCGCGGCUGCUGGCGGAGAGCAAGCCGCCCGCGACGGCGAUGGAGGCGCAGCAGGCGUCGCGCGCGGCGCGCGAGGGCGCGGAGGAGCCCGCUGCGGACGCGAAGCAGCGGCAGGCGGAGGAGCGCCGGGCGCGGGUGCAGCAGCGCAAGAUCGACGAGCAGCGCCAGAAGCAGGAGGCGAAGCGGCGCGCGGUGGCGGCGCGGCGCGCGGCGCAGGAGGCCAACCUGCGCGAGCGCUACGAGCAGGAGGUCGCGGACGCGCAGCGCCGCGGCGUCCGCGAGGCCGUCCACAAGAAACGCAUAGGCGAAGCCAAGAAGGAGACGCGGCGUGCCAAGCAGGACCUGCGGGAGGCGCGCGGGCACCAGCGCACGGGGAAGCUCCCCGAGGAGUACCGCCCCGCGGUCGCGGGGUCCCCGCCGCACCGCGGCCCGCUCGGCGCGACUGGGCGCAGCGCAGAGGACGACGUCGCGGCGCGGGAGGAAUACCUGGCAUUCCUGCAGGAGGCGACGGCGGCGGCGGAGCAGCGCGCGGUCGCGCAGCACGCCGCGAAGGAGGAGCUCCGGCGGCAGCGCGAGGCCGAGGCGGCGGCGGCGCGCGAGGAGCGGCGGCGGCGGGAGGCGGAGGCGGAGGCGCGGGAGGCGGCGCGGCAGCAGGAGCUCGCGGCGGAGACCGCCGCGAAGGAGGAGGCCGCGGCGGCGCGGCGCGCGCAGCGCGAGCGCGAGCGGGCGCUCGAGCGGCAGGACUCGCACUCUGGGAUGGAGCACGCCGUAGAGGACAUGUCGAGUCCGGACGCGCUGGGGCCGUCGAUGGUGGCGCCGGGGCUGGAGAGCGUGGCGGAGGCGCCCGCGGUGGAGGAGCUGCAGGAGGAGGAGGCGCAGAUCGAGGACCAGAAGCUGCUGCGGGAGCUGAGUCAGCACGUGAGUCGGUCGUCGAUGUCGCUGCGGGAUAUCGGCGGGCACGUGGCGGCGGGGGAGGUGGACGACGAGGUCGCGGAGGUGCUGCAGACGGCUGCGAGGGGCGCGCUUGAGCGGGAGGCGUUCGAGGAGGGGGGCAGGCGCGAGGUGGGUGCGGGUGCGGAGGAGGCGGCGACGAGUGAGGCGCAGCUGCCCGCCGCUGAGGCGUCUCAGGCGUCGCAGAUGUCGGCGGGCGGCGCGGUGGAGCUGCUCCAGGGGCUCGGGCAGGCGGCGCUGAUCCGGGAGGCGAUACCGUCGUCCGAGGAGCCGUCGGCAGCCGACGUAGGAGCGCCACCGCAGAGCGUUGAGGCGCCGGCGGCCGCCGAAGCGGCCGCGGAGGGGAGCGACGACGAGGAGGACGAUCCGUUCGUGGACCUGCUGCAGGCGCUGGCGCGGAGUGCGAUCGACCGGGAGGACUUGAAGCCUGUGUCUGACAGCAUGCCUGCUCCCGGGGACGCGAUGUACGUGGCGGUGGCCGGGGAGGUGGCAGCGGAGGCCGCGAGCCGCGCGGAGGAGGCCGCGGCGACGCUGGCGCGCGCGGAGGAGCGCCUGGGCGAGCAUCGCGCAAAGUCAGCGCGCGAGGCCAGUCAGGUGGAGGCGACUCCCGCCGCCGCCGAGUCGGACACCCGCGACGCCGACGUGCUCGUCCAGCAGCUGGCACGGGGCUUGCUCGACCGCGAGGCUAUUGCGGAGUCUAUUGCGGGUGCGCAGGCGGCCCUGGAGCAGCAGAGCAGAGCCAGCGACGCGCCUGCAUCGGAAGCUGCGGUCCCGGAGCCGGAGGCCUCGAUGUCAGGGGCGUCCGUCGCGGCCCCGGAGGAGCAGCGCAGCGGCAGCGACGUGUCUGCGCCUGCGGCGGCUGUGGCUGCGACGGCGACAGCGGCGGCCGUUGCGACGAGCGCUGAGGUGCUGGUCCAGCAGCUGUCGCGGAGCGCGCUCGACCGCGAGGCCAUCGCGGAGUCCAUCGCGGGCGCGCAGGCGGCCCCGGAGCAGCAGCGCAGCGCCAGCGACGUGGCUUCUGCGGCCCCGCUGCCGGCAGCCGCUGCGUCAGGAGCGUCCGAAGGGUCGCAGGUGGAGCGCGACGACGCGGCGGCCCUCACGGACGAGGAGGCGCAGGCAGAGGCCUUGCGAGCCGAGCUGGAGCGGGAGCGACAGGAGCUGCUGGCCAAGCUGGGCGAGGAGACCGGAGCGGAACUGCUGUCGCCUGGCGCCGAGGCCGCGAGCAGGGCUGUGCCGGCGGUCGCUGCGGACGGCGAGGCCGCCGCGGCGCCUGCGCACGACGACACGCCUGUUGCUGGCGAGCCUGUGCCGGCUGCUGAGGUCGCGGAUGGGGCCUCUGCGGAGCCUGAGCUCGUGGAGGCGCGGGGCAGCGGGACCGUCGCGACGCCUGAGCGUCAGGCGUCUGCGGUGGGUGUCGGCGGUGCGCAUGUUGCAGCUGCUGCCGGCGUCGCCGCAGCUACGGCAGCCGCGACAGAUGCACAGGCGCCUGCCGCUGGUACGGAGGCGACGGUGGCGCCCCCCGCAGCCGCCGUUGCCGAGGUGCCGGCGCCGGAGCAGCCCGAAGAGGGCGUUGCGGCCUCUGCUGCUGAGGUCGCGCCCGCUGCCGGGGACGUGGCUGUCGAGCAGCCAGCUGCGGGCUCACCUGCAGCCAGCACGCAAUCCGCCGGUGCGGAGCAGCAUGAGGCACCGCGGAGCGACGGCGCGGCCAGUGAGGGCGCUGCGCCCGCAGCUGCUGCUGCGGAGGCCGCACCUGCCGUUGCGGAGGGCGCUUCUGACGUCGCUGCUCCCGCUGUCGACGCGGCGGCGAGCGUCGAGGCAACUGCCUCCGCAGAGCCGGCUGCGGCAGCCGCGGUGCCGCCUGCCCCUGUUGAUACAUCCGCUGGAGAGCCGGCGGCUGCGGAGACGGUGGCUGCCGCGCCGCCUGCGGAGGCCACAACGCCCGUGCCAGCCGCGGAGGAGACGACGCCUGCGCCUGCUGCCGCAGAGACGCCUGCUGCGCCCACCGGCGAAGCGGCUCCUGUGCCGGCCGAGGGCGGCGCCGCGGAAGCUCCGCAGGGCCUGUUCACGGCAGUGUCCACGUCGCGCGGCGGCUCGAGCCGCGUGUCGCGCUCGCAGUCCCGCCGCGCAGCGUCGUCCGCGCGCAGCCGCACCGCGGCCGAGGAGGCGCCCGCGGCGCCCGCCGACCCGGAGGCCGAGGCCGCUGCGCUCGAGCGGGAGCGCGACGAGCUGCUCGCGAAGCUGGCGGGCGGCGACGCGGCGCCGGCGCCCGACGGCGAGCAGGCCGAGGAGCUCCUGGACCAGCUCGCGAGCCUGAGCCACCACGAGCCGGCGGACCUGGAUAGCGCGGUCGACGAGGUGGCCGCCGCGGCGGUCGGCGGCGCGGUCGCCGGCCUGACGCCUGUCCACACAGAGUCUACGGCGUCGCGGCGGAACAUUCCUGCCGAGCCUGAGCGCGCAAGCGGCAUGGAGGUGUCCGUGGAGGGGGGGCGCGUCGCGGAGGUGGCGCAGGAGCAGGACGGCGCGGCCCCUGCGGUGCGCGAAUCCGCCGAGGAGGCGCCCGCGGUGCACGAUGAGCCCGCGGCGGCUUCCGCCGCUGUCGAGGGCACGCCGGAGGCGCCUGCUGCGGCCGCCGAGCAGGCAGCGGCGGAGGCGCCGGAGACGGCCGCGGAAGCGGCGCCGGAGACGGCUGGGGAAGCUGCGCAGCCUGGCGCUGGCGCAGCCUCCGCGCAGGAGCCUGCAGCGGUCCAGGAGGAGCCGCGCGCCAGCGACGCAGCGGGGAAGCAGCCGGAGGCGGCGGCGGCGCCGCCCGACGACGGGCGCGGCGGCGACGUGCUGCAGCGCAUUCUUGGGUAUUCCGCGGAGAACGAGGCGACCGCGAAGCAGCGGAUCGACGAAGCGUCCUCGCCGACGCGCGCCGGCCCGUCCGGCGAAGUCCGUGUCUCGGACACGGAGCAGGGGGAGUCGGCCCGGGAGGUCCCCGCCGCAGCGCUGCAGGCGCGGGACGAUGCGCGCGCGGGCGGCGCCCCCGCGACGCCGGACGAGGGGCCGCGCGGCGCGGGCGUGGCGGCGACGCCCACGACGAUGGCGUCGCAGCCUGCGCACGCGGCGGCGAUCUGGACGGCGCGUCAGGAGGAGGAUGACAGCAAGGGCGGUGCGGGAGGGAUGGAGGAGUCGAUCACGAGCCUGAAGCAGCGGCUGGCGGCGGAGCGGCAGAAGAUGCUGGAUCUGCUCGCGCAGAAGAAGGCGGACCUCGCGGAGAAGCGGCGGCAGCGGGAGGCGGAGGCGGCGGAGCGGCAGAAGUCGACGGCGGCGGCGCUGGCGGGGUCGGCGACGGAGCGCGCGUUCGACGGCGCGAGCCUCGGCGCGACGGGCAAGUCGGUCGCGGACAGCCUUGGUGCGACGGGCGGGUCGCGGGGCGCGUCGGCGCUGGACGCGCCGGACCCGGAUGAGGCCAUCCGGGAGAUGCGCGCGGAGAUGGACCGGAAGCGCAACGAGCAGAUCGAGGCGCUGAAGAAGAAGCGCGCGGAGGCGGAGGCGCGGCUGCGCGAGGAGCGCGAGAAGCUGGAGAAGCAGGCUGCCGAGCGACGCGAGCAGCUGCAGGCGCUGCAGGCGCAGCAGACGGCCCGGCGGGAGGCGCUCGGCGCGGCGUCGACGCAGAAGGACGCGCCCCCGGCCGCGGCGGCGUCGCAGGGCUCGUCGACCCCGAGCGGCACGCCCGCAGCGGCGGCAACGCCAGCGGUGGCAUCCACGCCUGCGGCAGCCACGCCCGCGCCCGCGGCGGCGGCGGCGACGCCGGCGGCGACGGAGCCGCCCGCGCAGACGUCUGCGAUCCAGGCGGCGCUCGAGUCGUUCCAGCAGCAGCUGCAGCAGAGCCAGCAGCAGAUGGCUAUGAUGAUGCACCAAAUGUCGACCAUGACGGGACGCGGGGGCUCGCAGAACGAGCGCGCGCCGCAGGGCCUCGUCGGCGCGCCCGAGAUCCAGGCGGUGCCGAUGGCGGGCAUGCAGCCCGCGCCGGUCGCGGCCAACUCAAGGGUCUUCGGCGGCGCCGCGACGUCGUACGCGUCGCAGGGCCGCGCCGGGCCGAUGUCGCAGCCCCCGCAGGCGGAGAUGGUGUACGGCGCGGCGCCGGCGCGCUCGGCGGACCCGUUCAUGGUCGUGCAGGCGGCCUCGCAGUUCGCGGCCGGCCCGAAUGCGGGCCCAGAGGCCGACGCGCCAACCCCAGAGGAAAUCGCCGAGUACGCGGCGUACCUCGGAAUGGACCCGGUGGCCGACGCGGACCUGCUGUACAUCGCGGAGUGGGCGAUCACGGCGCCGCUGCCGGACGGGUGGACGGAGCACUACGACGCGGAGGGUAAUGAGUUUUACUACAAUACUCUCACGGGGGUGUCGACGUACGAGCACCCGAUGGACGAGCAGUUCCGGUCGUACUACCGCAACAUCAAGGCGCAGCGGACGGGGCAGAGCCUGGAGGACUCGCUGCGGCAGCAGCUCGCGGAGAGCGCGGAGCGCGGGGUGCACGCGCAGUGA